UGCCCAACAAGUCUUCGUUUUCUUCUUCUUCUUCUUCUCCUCUUCUUUUUUGCAAUCUUCUCUGUCGCUUAUUGGCCUCUUUUUAGAUUUUGAAUCUGAAUCAAUCAUUGAGUCCAUUUGUUUCCACACCAAACUCUACCGUCAAAGAAACCCGAAAACAGCGCCCAAAAGUAAAGCGUAUAUAUACAUUAUUUCGCCAUGAAUGCUUCCUUGCUUCCUUGACACCCUCUCUCCCUCUGUCUCUCUCUCUCUCUCUCUUUCUCUCUGUGUUGUCAGCCAUAAUAUUACUGACUUACCAAGCAAACAAGCAGCAGAAGAAGAAGAGACGUUAAGGACAGAGAGCGUUGGAGCUUUAAAUAACACUUCCAUUUGAUUUGUUCAUUAACACUUCCAUUUGAUUUCUUCAUGAUUCUUGAAUCAGUUCAGUUCCAUCACCACCAACGCCAAUCUCUCCGUCUUCUCUUAACCUCUGCCAUCAACCUCUGAUCCUUCCCGACAAACCCAACAACCCAAAAUCCCAACUUGGUCCCGAAGCUUUUCCCAUGGGGGUGUCCUGCUUCCAGUUCCCGCUCUGCAAGAAGUUCAAGAACCAGAGGCUUGUGGAGCCCUACGUGGGCAUCCUGGGCUUCUUCUUCGUCCUGACGCUCGUCUUUGUCUGCUGCUUCUUCUACUUGGACUACCGCAGGGCGGUCAGCGACGGGUUCAGGCCGGGGAGGAGGAGCUCUGUGUGGCAGCAGCUGAGGGGCAGAGGAAUGGGAGGAGGGGUCAAAAGGGUCGACUUUCUUGGCGACGAGGGGAGCGGGUGCGACGUGUUCGACGGCAACUGGGUGUGGGACGAGAGCUACCCUUUGUACGAGUCGAGGGACUGCAGGUUCUUGGACGACGGCUUCAGGUGCUCCGAGAAUGGACGGCCCGAUCGCUUCUUCACCAAGUGGAGAUGGCAGCCUCGUCAUUGCAACUUGCCCAGAUUCGACGCGAAGCUCAUGUUGGAGCAGUUACGGGACAGGAGGCUCGUUUUCGUGGGGGACUCCAUUGGGAGAAACCAGUGGGAGUCUCUCCUCUGCAUGCUGUCUUCGGCCGUAUCCGAUAAGGACUCGGUAUACGAAGUGAAUGGGAACCCGAUCACAAAGCACAGAGGAUUCCUGGUGUUCAAGUUCAAGGAGUUUAACUGCACCAUGGAGUACUACAGAGCUCCAUUCCUCGUGCUUCAGAGCCGCCCUCCUGCCGGAUCUCCUAAGAGCAUCAAAACGACAUUGAAGUUGGAUCAGAUGGAUUGGAGCUUUUCGAAAUGGAGGGAUGCUGAUGUGCUGAUAUUCAACACGGGGCAUUGGUGGAAUUACGAAAAGACUCUUAGAGGAGGCUGCUACUUUCAAGAAGGAGAGGACGUGAAAGUAGCUAUGAGAGUCGAUGACGCGUAUGCAAAAGCCAUGGAGACUGUCCUGCACUGGAUUCACUCGAAGGUGAACGCGACCAAGACCCAGGUCUUCUUCCGAACAUUUUCCCCGGUGCAUUUCAGAGGAGGUGAUUGGAAGAACGGAGGAACCUGUCAUGCGGAGAAGCUGCCUGAGUUGAGCUUGAGUUCCUCUUCCCUCGUGCCGUCGAAGAACUGGGCUCAGUACAAGAUCGUCUCUGACGUCUUAUCGGCCCACACCAACAUUUCCGAGGCCAUUCAGCUGAGCUUACUUGACAUAACCCUCAUGACUUCGUCAAGGAAAGAUGGGCACUCGUCCUUCUACUACCAGAACACGAGCAGGGGCCCCAUCUCCAUGCACAGGCAGGACUGCAGCCACUGGUGCCUGCCCGGGGUGCCCGACUCAUGGAACGAGCUGCUCUUCGCGGUGCUCAUGAAGCGUGAACUUGAAGCUGCUCGGUUUAGGAACUCUACAAUGCACUUGGCACGGAUAUGAUUUCAUGGGAGCGAGAAACAGAAAGAUAACGAUCAAUCGUGGAGCAUAUGGUUUUUCUUUUCGGUAUAGAUACAGGAUACAUGCUGACUGAAGCAGCUCGAAGUUUUUUGGGGGGCUGUGACAGGAAUUCUUGCAGCAAUAAGGUCACGUUUGGUACGGAGGAAUAUAUAUGGAGCAACUAGAAAUCAACAAAGUAAAAACUGAACCAGCUUCGGGGGUACUUUUGUUCCAUUUGUUUCCACUCCUUCGAACCAAGCAGGGUCGGUACAUUUUAGGAUCUUCGAUGAACACCGGGCGGGAUAGUCUCUUCAUUCUCAUUGUUUUGAAACUGUAAUUACCAUUCUUUUUUGUAUGGAGAUCUUUUAUUCGUUGCAUAUAUAGUUUCAUUACAGUCCGUCCGAACAAUGAAUAAGUCAUACUUUUAC